UCGGCAUGUGCCAACAAAUGGAAUAUUUAGAGAAAUUUUAUUGACUUGCCUGCUAUUGGACUGGGGCACAUUGGAGCUUCGGUGUGGAUAUUUGCAAAUCACAUUGCCGCCUAGUAUUGUUCAAAUCUUUGUUUUGUUGAAUCACGGUACAUAUCAGUAAUAAUGUUGUUAACUGUGGCUGGAUUAGGAUUAUGUGGCCGUUUGCGGCUCCUAAAUCGUGGGAGUUAUGCUGCCUUUGUGCGCAUCCAAAAACCAUGUACUGCCGGAUACCCAACAUCAUCUAAACGGUUUCACGUCCAGCCUCGACAAGAGCCUCAAGCGCAACAGCAACCACUACAACAACAACAACAACAACAACAAGUCGCUAUGGGCUAUAAUAUCGAUUGGAUAUUUCAACGUUUACGAUAUCCUUCGGGCUUAUGGUAUAUCGCUAGUCAAAUUGCCAUUACCGCAGUGGGAUUGCUUGCCAAAUUUGUGCUGGUAUUUCUAAACAAAACAACCGUAUACAACAAAGAGAGACUGUUAAAUGUGAUAGCAAAACGUCCAGCCGGUGUGCCCUUGGUCACAGUUUCAAAUCAUCACUCAUGCUUCGAUGAUCCCGGUCUAUGGGGUGUACUGCCCGUAAAAUAUGUGUGCAAUACAUUUAGAAUACGUUGGUCGAUGGCGGCACACGACAUCUGCUUCACCAACACACUGCACUCAACGUUCUUCAUGUAUGGCAAAUGCAUUCCAGUGGUACGUGGCAGCGGUGUCUAUCAGCACGCCAUCGAUUUGUGCAUACAAAAAUGUGCGCUCGGUCAUUGGGUGCAUGUCUUUCCUGAGGGCAAGGUGAACAUGACAAAGGAGGAGAUGCGUCUCAAGUGGGGUGUGGGUCGUAUCAUAUACGAAUCGCCACGCAUUCCGAUUAUACUGCCAAUGUGGCAUGAAGGCAUGGACGAAGUGCUGCCCAACAUCGAGCCAUAUAUACUGAAUUGGGGUAAAAAGGUCACUCUGAAUAUUGGCCAACCCAUAGACUUGCAUGAUUUUAUACAGGAUCUCAAAGAUCGUAAAGUGCCUGAGCCGGAGGCAAGAAAAUUAAUAACGGAUAAAAUACAAGACGUUUUUCAUCAUUUGCGUAAAGAAACCGAAGAACUGCAUAAGAAACGGCUAUAGUAAUUAAGUAAAUGUCUUUUAUAAGUAUUUUAUUCAUAUUUUACUCAACGAUACUGAGUAUCUAGAAUUUAUGAGAAAAUAAAUAUUUAUAAACAUAUAUACAUACAUCA